AGAAAAAGUAUUCUAAAACAAGAAAGAACAAAGAAACAUUACAUUUUCUCAUCAUUCAUGCUUGUUCUUUCCUGUUUUGCUUCAUUGAUCUCCAGGAAGGUUGAAACAUCCAAUAUUUUUUCUUGUCUCAGUUUGUAUUCUGACAAUAUUAAUUUCUCAGAAGUAGAGAACAGCCACAUGGAAGUAUACAGGUUCUUAAUUGCAACUUGCUGAAGAACCUAUAGAUUCUUGUGCUGCAAGAAUUGAUCAGAGAAACAAAGGAGAAUAAAAAGUUUUAGGCCAACCAAUUAAAGGUGUUCAAUUUUUCUUGGUGAUACCGAUAACGUCGAUUCUUGUUUGAAGAAUUAGUAUAAAAUUGCAUGUUUGAUUCCCGGGAUUUGCGAGUCGGGUAGAGAUAAAAAAAUUCAGCUCCUUUCUCAACUGUUCCACAACUAGCCAAAACCUGGUAGCCCAAAGGUACCAAAAGAGGGAAAAAAUCAAGAGGAAUACAUGAAAGUCAAUGAAAUAGAAAAAGGGCAAAAAAGCAAAGUUCUAUGAAACAGAAAAAGUGGGAGGUAAGAAGAUAAUGGAAGAGUCCAAUACUACUAAAAAUUCCCAUUGCCGAUUGGAAACAAAGUCACCAUCUUAUUAUGUUCAAAGGAACUUUGCUAAUGUAAUCAAAGCUUUCAAUAAAAUCCAAAAAUGAUGGUAGGUUUGGAUCCAUUCUGCUUAUCAUUAUCCCACCACCUCCGCAAAUGCUUUAUACUCUACUGUAUCAGCUUAGACUUGUUCUUUCUCAGGCAAUUAGAGAGUGAAACGCUCUCCUUUUGACAUGUGUCGACGUUUGGUAGCUUCUCACUUGUUCUCUUGCCCUUGUAUUCAUUGUCCUCUCCUUGGACUCUUCUCCACAACUCUGUCUCCGAACCAUAUAUAAACAUAGUUACCCCUUCAAGUUUCCAUCCUGCAAGUCAUCUCUAAGAACCACACACAUAUUUUCAGGACUCUUCGGGCUUGUUGCUUGCAAACUUUCAUGACUAGAGCGAUGGUCCUCUCAGACCCACCUCUCCUUGACCAUUAUGGAGCUCUUUCGUGUCAUUCAACUCAAUGUGAUGAACCUCAAAGCCGACUUAUCAUGGAAGAAUGCCAGCUUCCUUUGAUUGACUUGAGUGGUCUAAGCAGUCGCGAUGAAUUGGUUCGCCAAGCUUGUGCUGCAGCCAUUUAUAGAGCAUCAUCAGAAUGGGGAUUUUUCCAAGUGGUGAACCAUGGCAUUAAUCCUCAAUUAGUUGGGAAGAUGAGAAGUGAACAGGUGAAGUUGUUCCAAACACCCUUUGAAAAGAAAGCGGCCUGUGGACUACUGAAUAAUUCCUACAGAUGGGGAAGUCCUAGGGCUACUUGUCCUAAGCAAUUCUCCUGGUCUGAGGCUUUUCAUGUCCCUCUUACUAAGGUUUCAGACGAAGCUUGUUAUGGAGAGUUUACAUCUUUAAGGGAAGUGAUGACAGAAUUUGCGGCUGCCAUGUCAAAGCUAGCAAGACUUCUAGCAGGGAUUCUGACAGAAAAUUUGGGCCAUGGAAAGGAAGUGUUCGACAAUAUAUGCGACCAAAGCACUUGCUUCCUUCGCCUGAAUCACUACCCAGCAUGUCCAAUAUCUGCGGAGAUUUCUGGUUUAGUGCCCCACACCGACAGCGAUUUCCUAACAAUUCUUUGUCAAGAUCAGGUAGGAGGACUUCAACUCAUGAAGGACUCCAAGUGGGUGACUGUCAAACCUAACCAAGAUGCUCUUAUAGUCAACAUUGGCGACCUCUUCCAGGCAUGGAGCAAUGAUGUUUACAAAAGCGUGGAGCAUAAGGUGGUGACUAAUGCAAAGAUGGAAAGAUACUCAAUGGCUUAUUUCCUGUGCCCCUCUUAUGAUUCAUCGAUUGGGAGCUUCACAGAACCUUCCAUCUACCGAAAAUUCACUUUCAGGGAAUAUAGAGACCAAGUUCAAGAAGAUGUAAGGAAAACAGGCUAUAAGGUUGGCCUUCCGAGGUUUCUGCUCAAGGGGACAUAGGAUUCAACAAGGAGUCCAAAACCAGAGUAUACAUACCAAGCAUCACAGCCAAUAGUUAGAUGAACACUUCAAAGCAAUGCCUCUGGCCAAAGUUUUAAGCUCUAGAAAUCUAAUCAGCAUAAUUUAACAAGCAAAGAAGAAAAAUACAGAAGCUAUUCUAAGACAUUUCCUGAGAAACUAAUAUGAUCAUUGUACUAAUAACGUUCUGUUAUCAACAGUAUAUAACUUUAGUCCUGUGGGAUUCGUUAUUCGCAAGGGGCUGUUGUGUUUUCGUCUGACUAUUAAUGCCGACUACAAUCAUAGACAUACCCGCCCACCGAAUAUUCCAACAAUUAUUCUGAAGAAUGUGAACAAAUGAUUGAAAUUUCAAGAUGCUUGGUUGAUGCACCUUUUUCAAGCUAUAAAGCCUAAAGGUUAGGGAAAUCUUUCUCAACUUGCAAAAGCCUGGUAUUGAACUUUAGAUGGGGCAUAACCUAGGGCUGAUACCCACUUAUUUUAUCAUCAUAAAAACUCAUAAACUAAAAAACAGUCCAGAAUUUUGAAUGCGUGUGUUGUAGUUUAUAUGGGAUUUUACAUUAAUUUAAACAAAUUAGUUUUGAGUUAAUAACGUGUC